GUUUACACUUGUGAGUGAGUGAAAAAGUAAAGCUAGAGAGGUUACUGUUUUGAGAUGCUCUUUUUAGAAAGGGCCAUAUAUAAAUGGUAGUGUAGUAGUACUAGUGGAGCUUCUUCAUAUACAAUUUUGACUUCUCUUCAUUGAAUGUAGGAGAGAGGCUCUUUACAUCAUAAAUAAAACAAGAACACAGCUUUCAGAGAGAUAGAGUGAGAUUCUCCUUCAUUAACAUAUUCUUCUUCAUGUUAUAAGAAGAAGAAGAAGAAGUGUCCAAAAGGAUUAGAGAUGGGUGGAUGCACAAGCAAGCAAGAGAGGAGAGGUGUGAGAAGUGUGAAGGAGACAUCAAAAGACCAAAGCAGAGGAAGAAGACACCUGAUAAAAGAGAGAGAUGAGAGAGAGAAAGUGAUGUUUCUUCAGCUUAAAGAGGCGGAGAGAGAGUGGAGAAAAGAGAGGAAGAAGCUGAGAGAGGAAGUGAGAAGACUAAGGAAGAAGCUAGAGGAAAGAGAAGAAGCAAAGACAACAACAACAGAGGAAAGAGAGUAUUGGAAGUGGGUGGUUGAGGAGAUGUGUGUAGAGAGAGCAGUGAGAGAUGAAGCCGUUGAGAAAUGGAAACAACUCUAUUUAGCUAUCAAGAAUGAGCUUGAUCAUCUCAUCUCCCACACUACUUCUUCCUCCGGAGAAGCAAUCAUGCAAAGGAAACUUGAGGAACAAGAAGAAGAAGAAACAGAAGCAAAGAGAGUUGAAGUAUUGAGAGAUGAAGUUAGAGUUAAAGAAGAGACAGUUGAGACACUUGAAGAGCAAAUAGUUUUGAUGGAUAGACAAAAGUAUGAGAAAGAAAGAGAGAUUGACUUAUUGAGACAGAGUCUAAGGAUUCUUGGAAGCAAGAAGAAAAAGAAGACAGGAUCAUUCGCAUCAAUGAAUCUGUUGAUAUUGAAGACCAAAUGUGUCGAAUGUACAUAAACACUUUUUACUCAAAUAGUCUUCUGCAAACAGUCAUAUCUCGUCAGAGAAUCUUGAUCCACAAUGUCAUAUUUAUUUCUCUUUUGGUUAUUUUACAAUUUUUAUUUUGGAAAUAUAGUAAAUCAUAGCACUAUGAGUUCAAAAAGCACAUGUCCCAUGAAAGAUUUGCACA